AUGCCAGGCACCAUGGGAUUGAACCCCGCCACCACCAUUUUACUUAUCGCCAUUGUCCUCGUCAUCUUGCCCGCGAGAGUUGAGGCGUUUGGAGCUGGAAACAUUGCAUCUGUUUCCGCCGUCGAAGGCAAAAAUUGGCGUCAUGGAGACAUCGAAGAUGUUCUCAAGACACUUGCGUUUAUUAAAGGCCAUAAAUGGACUACAAACAUGGUGAAGAGGGUUUACUUUGGAAACUGGCUGAGAGAUUAUUCUCAGGCUGUUGAUGUUGGAACACUGAAAAAUGUUCAAUCAGACACAGUUCGUAUUCUCGUGUGGGUUAUGUCAUUCAUGACCUUUGGAUAUGCCACCGCAGAAUUCGAAGUUACUUCUGAUCGACUUGGCGUAUAUCGACCAGAAGAGCACAUUGAUAACCCAAAGGGCUAUGCCGACGACGCAGAUGCAAGGCAAUAUGACCCCCGCUUACGUGGCCCUAUCCAGCGAGUUGAACUAGAAAUUGACCAUGAGACUGGUAUGAAAAACUACAUCGCCAAUGAACGAGGAAACUGGGCUACGAGUGCCGGGUACGUGAAGUAUAGCUUCUCACGAAGUAUCCAUUUUGCCCGUCAAUACAUGAAUGGAGGGCAUUUGUUCAAGGGAAAAGAUGAGGAUUUAUAUGAAGCUCUGCGAUGCCUGGGUCAAGGCUUGCAUACGUUAGAGGACUUUGGCGCCCAUACCAAUUACUGCGAGCUUGUGCUGCGGGAGAUGGGUAUGGUUAACGUCUUCCCACAUACAGGAACUCAAACAAUGAUGAAUAUUCGUGGCCGUCAUGUCUUUCCCCUGGUAACUGGUACUUUUGGUAUGGUUGAUUUUUUCCACUCCGUUCUAGGUGAAGCCACCGAUCACUUUACGCAAUCCGAAAUCAGCGAGAUGGAUAGUACGCUUGAGAAUGCAGAAGUGGGAAGCGCAACGGCUGGUUCAUAUAACACUUUGACGAGCUUGUUAUCAAAGGUUCCUGGCAUGGGGGAUCUGAUUUCCGAGGCCGAGAAAUUGAAGGCACAGUCCCAAGCGCAAGCACACGCGAAUAACAGUGCAGGAUACGGACAUGGAGCAUCUAGAGGACUAGACGAUGGACAAACUUAUGGCACAACUGGGGGAUAUGACCAAACCACUCGUGCUUCUGCUCCGGGUGGUUUGCCAAACAUAGACCCUCAAAAAACAGCAGCUCAGAUUUAUCCGAUCCUCGUCUUCAGAGAUAAUGUGGUGCGGAGAAUCUCUGCUGUUGUGUCGAAGAUCCCCGGUCUAGAGUCUCUUGUGGAAAAGAUUACGGACACAUUGAGCGUGUUUAUCUUCUCUCUCUUGUCUCCUUUCAUUCGUCCACUUAUAAAAGUGGCGACUUCACAGCUACAGACUGGAUCAGCUGGAGUUAUUAAUAACUCCGAGAAGCAUCAAUACGAGCCAUGGACGGAUCCAACGUGCACUGAUCCAACCCAUUCGCUUCUUUCAAAGGACCAUUUCUCUAACAUCCUCAACGAGCCAGCUGGACACGUUGCGGCGGCUAUUCUGAAAUAUGUCGUGCCUCGAGUGUUGUAUGCAUGGCAGAAUGUUGAUGUUCCCGUCGAUGCUGUGCUCGCCGACUGCAUGAAAGUAUUUCACCACCCAGCACUUCGAGACAUGAACAACGAGGCGCACCGGACGAUGUUUGAAGCUGUGCAAAAAUGGGCGCAUUCUCGACGCGACGGGGGUGCUAACCUGGAUACAGUCCUCAACGCACAGAGCGUAAGAGAAGGCAAAAACCAUACUGGAGGCAACCCCCAUAUGCAAGGGAAUGCACACAGUCACGGAUCUGGCCAUGGAUACGGCAAUACCGUUGGUGCUCCACAGCCUAGCCACGGUCAAAUGUAUCAAGGACAUGGAUCAGCCCACACUUACCAGUCGCAGCCACAGGCACACCAACAGCAUCAGAACUACAACUCUGCACCAUACGGACAGACGUAUCAACAAGGUAGCUCUCAGUCUCAACCCCAUGGCAUCUCGAGCAUCCCCGGUUUUUCUGCUCUCGCAGGCUUUGCUGGAUCGGGUAAUUCUUCUCAUCAAGGGGCAUCCCACUCGACAACGGGGUCGUCGGCGUCGUCUAUUCCGUGGGAUAAGUUGUCUCAUCUGCCUAUUCCAGGAGCAUCAAAUAUAGGAAAAUUGGGGGGGUUCCUUUCAGGGUCAGGGGGCCGCACUAGAGAGUUGGGCGACGAAAGCAACAGGGAUAUCGCACCCUAUGAGCAUCACGCUUCGCGGAGCACGACGCCGCAGCCCGAAAUGGCCCCGCCAGCAGGAUAUGAGCAAUACCACCAGCGAUCAGAAGGAUCCGGACAAGCCGUAUAUCAGCCUCCAAGCGAGGGUGCGCACACUUAUGACUACUACCAUGGCCCGCCGGGUAACAGCAGCGGCGGCGGGUGGUGUCGCAUGUGCGACAAGGGCAAGAAACGACCAAGCUAUGAGGCUGAAAGGGCCAAGGCAAAUGUUAACCUGAGAUCCCGAACAUAA